UGCAGAGAGAGAUAUAGUGGAGAGAGAGACGGACAGUGACGGUCGAAUCGAGAGUAUUGGUUGAGAAUCGACGGAGCUCUGCGUCGACGGCUGAAACGAAGAGGUUUUCGUCGAGCUGUGGACGGACGACGAGAGAGACAGGGUUGGAGUGGUGGAAAUUUGAACCCUUUGUAUCUGGUUUGAGCUUUUGGGUUAGGGUUUUGAUUGAGGUCUGAGAGUUAUAAAGAGAGAGAGAGAGAGAGAGAGAGAGAGAGGGAGAGAGAGGCAGAGACGGAGACGGAGCCGUGGAUGUUUGUGGUGGAUUGAGGACUUUGGGUUUUAGGCGUUUAGAUCUUAGGGUGGGUGUGAAAGUUGAGAAAUUGCAGCGGCGGAGAGUUUCAGAUGAGAGAUCUGUGCUGAGCUCUUUGAAGAAAUGACGUCAUCGGAGGUUUCGAUAAGGGACAAUUGCGGCAAUCAGAGGGGGGAGACCUUCUCGUCCGGCUUCAGCGACCACAAUGACGCGAGGAACGCCGGUGAGGGGCAUAACGGUCAUUCUACUGUUUCCGCCGCCGGUAGAGAUGCUGAGACGGCGCUUUUCACGGAGCUUUGGCAUGCCUGCGCAGGGCCGCUCGUGACUGUGCCGCGUGAACGGGAACGUGUCUUUUACUUCCCUCAAGGACACAUCGAGCAGGUGGAGGCGUCGACUAAUCAGGUGGCUGAUCAGCAGAUGCCAGUGUAUAAUCUUCCAUCGAAGAUUCUCUGCCGGGUUAUCAAUGUAUCAUUGAAGGCUGAACCAGACACUGAUGAAGUAUUUGCACAAGUCACUUUACUUCCUGAAUCAAAUCAAGAUGAGAAUGCAGUAGAGAAGGAGCCUCCCCCUCCUCCACCACCGCGGUUUCAAGUACAUUCAUUUUGCAAGACCUUAACUGCUUCCGAUACAAGCACCCAUGGUGGAUUUUCAGUGUUAAGGCGGCAUGCAGAUGAAUGCCUUCCACCACUGGACAUGUCUCGCCAACCCCCAACACAGGAGUUGGGUGCCAAAGACUUGCAUGGAAAUGAAUGGCGCUUUCGCCAUAUCUUCCGAGGUCAACCACGGAGGCAUUUGCUGCAAAGUGGUUGGAGUGUUUUCGUUAGCUCCAAGAGGCUUGUUGCAGGAGAUGCAUUUAUAUUUUUAAGGGGUGAGAAUGGGGAGCUCCGUGUUGGUGUUAGACGUGCUAUGAGACAGCAAGGCAGUGUUCCAUCUUCAGUGAUAUCCAGUCACAGUAUGCAUCUUGGUGUCCUCGCAACCGCAUGGCAUGCCAUCAUAACAGGAACCAUGUUCACUGUAUACUACAAGCCAAGGACAAGCCCUGCUGAGUUCAUUGUUCCAUUUGAUCAAUACAUGGAGUCUGUUAAAAACAACUAUUCUAUAGGCAUGAGGUUUAAGAUGAGAUUUGAAGGUGAAGAAGCUCCAGAGCAGAGGUUUACCGGCACCAUAAUUGGAAUGGAAGAUGCUGACACCAAAAGAUGGCGAGAUUCCAAAUGGAGAUGCCUUAAGGUGAGAUGGGAUGAGACUUCUACUAUUCCCCGUCCUGAGAGAGUUUCACCUUGGAAAAUAGAGCCUGCUCUUGCUCCUCCUGCACUGAAUCCACUUCCAAUGCCCAGGCCAAAAAGAUCUCGUACAAAUAUGGUGCCAUCAUCCCCAGAUUCCUCAGUCCUUACUAGGGAAGUUGGUUUGUCAAAAGCAAAUGUAGACCCUGUGAUGCCUGGUGGGUUUUCAAGGGUCUUGCAAGGUCAAGAAUUGCCGACCUUGAGAGCCAGUUUUCAGGAGAGCGAGUCUGAUACUGCUGAGAAAUCUGUUGCAUGGCUACCGUCGAUGGAUGAAGAGAAGAUUGAUGGGGUAUGUGCUUCAAGAAGAUAUGGUUCAGAGAACUGGAUGUCCUCAGGGAGGAAUGAACCAACUUACACAGAUUUGCUGUCAGGCUUCGGGAAUAAUGGUGAUUCCUCAAAUGGUAUCUGUCCACCUUUUGUCGAUCAAGGUGUAGUAUCUUCUAAUUCAAUGAGAAAGCAUUCACUGGAUAAGGAAGGGAAAUAUAACUUGCAUUCGUGGUCUGUGUUACCAUCAUCUCUGUCACUUAGCUUGGACUCUAAUCAGAAAGGACGUCUUGGAAAUAUGUCAUACCAAGCACAAGGGAAUUCUAGAUAUGGUGGGUUUGGUGAAUCUUCUGUUAUGAAUGGGCAGAGAGUUGAGCACCCACAUGGAAAUUGGAUGAUGCCUCCACCUCCAUCACCUUUUGAGAACCUGGCGAAUGCAAGGGAAAUCGUGCAGAGACCACAGAUGUUACUAGACAAACAUGAAGCUGUGAAGCCUAAAGAUGGAAAAUACAAGCUCUUUGGUAUUCCCCUGAUAACACCAGAUCCUGCAUUGUCACACAGAAAUGCGAUGAAUGAGUCACCUCGUAAUAACCAAGCUCAUGCUUUUGAGUCUGACCUGAAGUCUGAAAAAUCAAGGGGCUCAAAAUCAAUAGAUAAUCCCAUGGCUGUUAGCGAGCCAGCUUUGCAAAUUUCUCAGCAACAUACCAGAGAUGCUCAGGGUAAAUCCCAGGGUGGUUCAACUAGGAGUUGUACCAAGGUUCACAAGCAGGGUAUUGCACUAGGUAGGUCUGUUGAUCUUACCAAGUUCGACAACUACGAGGAGCUGAUAGCUGAAUUGGACAUGUUGUUUGAGUUUGGUGGUGAGCUGAUGUCCCCAAAAAAGAAUUGGAUGAUCGUGUAUACUGAUGAUGAAGGUGAUAUGAUGCUUGUUGGAGAUGAUCCCUGGCAGGAAUUUUGUAGCAUAGUUCGGAAGAUUUUCAUCUACACCAGAGAGGAAGUCCAAAAGAUGAACCCCGGGACUUUGAAUGCACAUGGGGAGGAUAAUCUGUCAUUGGGUGCGGAGGGUGUGGAUGCAAGAGUGGGAAAGUCUCAACCACUUCCAUAUGCAUAGAAGUGUCAAGCCUGGUUCUCGAGAUUUGUAGGUAUAUGACUAGAGUUUCGUGGGCGAGAUGAUGAUCAUGGUGGCUUUUGUGAGGGUCCUACUAAGCCAUUCAAGUUGGACCGUUUCUCCAUUGGACUUUGAAAUUCAGCUGACAAGGCCCCCCAGAUAGGUGGCGAUUCUGAUUGAUCUAGUUUUGGACAUGUUCUGGAGUUAAUUUGGAAGUGAUCUGGUUAUAAUAUAGAGAUAGAUAAAUAUGUAUACCCUUUUGGUUCGAGCAAGGUGACGUGGGCCUAGCUUCUUGUCAAACAAUUCCACAUUGUACAUAGGCUAGUUCAACCUCAUUUUCCCGACCUUGUAAUGUAAGUUAGUGCACAGAUUCUCUAAUGUUUAUGAUGCUUUUGGUUAAGGAACCCAUUGCCUUCA